AUGCCUGGCGUCAAUUCGUUCGUGUUUUUUGUGCUUCUUGCGGCCAUGGCCGCAUAUUGGCACCGUGACCUCUUCCAACUCGUUGGAAGUAUCGUUGUUGUUUUCACCGUGUCGGUGGCGGGGGCUUGCUGUUUCAGCGGAGUUGCCAAAGAUGCCUUGCCCAAAAACCCAUCCAAAUACCCCUCCAAAUACCCAUCCAAGUACCCUUCCAAAUACCCAUCCAAGUACCCUUCCAAAUACCCAUCCAAAUACUAUUCCAAAUACCCUUCCAGAUACCCUUCCAGAUACACGUUGGCCUGCGAGCCAACACACGACAACCACCACGCCGAGGCCACCGAGGCCGAGGCCGAGAAGAAGAGAUUGAGAGCUCAGGUGGGGCUUUUGGAGCAGCAGCUCCGUGGCACGGAGGCACGAGUUCGUGAUUCCGAGGUAGCCCGGGAGAUCGAAAAGAAACGCCACGAAAAGGAGGUCCGUCACCUGGACGCUCGACUGGCGACUAUCUCCCGGGGUAUCAAGGAAUCCCUGCUUGCGAAGGAUCGGGUCAUCGUCGAGUGUCGCCAGUGGCGGCGCAAGUUCGAGGACCUGGAAGACCUACAGCAGCAGGCCCUGGAAAAUCCCGUUCGCGAGAUGAAGGGACGUCCUCGUUGGGUCCCGGCCAAGAAAAACGGAGUUGGGAAGGGGGGACGUGGUCGGCCGGCAAAAACAUUCACUGCCAUUGCGCAGGUGGCGAUCGUCAAUGCGGCGUGGGAGUCGAAGCUGGUCAAGUUCGAGAACGAGGCCCGAGACUAUGUGACUCGCACCGACGACCAGCUUCGGUCUCUUCACGACGCCGCCACCGCGCUCAGCAAUGAGAACGCAUACCUCAAGCAGCAAGUCCAGGCGACCCCCGACAUCCCCCACGAGCUGGCCCAGCAGCAAGUGAGGGAUGCGGUGAGAAGCACAAUGCUGUACGCUGACCAGCAGCAUGAGGAGCGUGUCGAUUUGCUGAAGCAGACUUUUAGCAAGGAGCUGAUGGCAGCCAAGGUCGACUACGAGGGGAAAUUGGCGGAGGCAACAACGGAAAUCAAUGCAAAGGAGACCGCGUUCGCUCAGCAGCGUGAGGCAGCCGAGAAAGUAGCUACGGCUACUGCCCAGGAGAUUGAUUCUCUGAAGCGCGAGCUGGGCGAGCUGCGAGCCUCCAAUGCUCAGAUUGCCGGUGACCUACGGGUCAAGGAAGCAGAAACUGCCAAGCUUGACGAGGGGCUACAGAAAGAAGCUGCUAAGGUCCUCAAGCUUGGGCAGGAGAACGACGGCCAUAAACAGGCCGGCAAGAGGAUGCAACGGGAUUAUGAAAAGUUGCAGUCUGCGAAUGCAACUCUUGUGGGGGAAAAGCAGGACCUGGAACAACAGCUAGAAGACCAGGAUGCCGCAUGCCACGAUCUCGCGGAAGACGCUGAGAAGUGGCGUCGGAAGUCUAAGGGCUGGAAGGCCAAGACGCACGAGCUUGGCCAAGAACUGGCCACCAUUCAGACGGCAGACCUCAACCAGGCGAUUGGAGGCAUGGGGUUUGUUAAUCAUUUCCUCCCCCCGCCGCUCCGCUCAUCGAAACAAGAGCAUGGGCCAUCAGUCACCCAUGCUCUAAUGAAUUCUUUGCAAAACCGUUCAUUUGCCGCUCAGCCAUUAGUGCUGAGCCUGGCCAAGCUUCUCCUCAUCGCCGUCUCGCAACUUCCUUUUACCACUGCUGCGCCCAUAUUCUCGCCUCUCUUUCUAUCAUCCCGCGACACAGAACCACCAAAGGAACCGAGCGAUCCGAGUUUAUGGCUUUACUUGGGAUUUUCAGCUGCUCUUGUGUUGAGCGGUGGAGCAUUUGCGGGUCUUACAAUUGCAUUGAUGGGACAGGAUGAAGUUUAUCUCCAAGUCAUCAAGUCAUCCGGCGAAGGGCACGAAAGGAAAAAUGCUACUAGCGUUCUCAAUCUCUUGAACCACGGAAAACAUUGGGUUCUUGUCACACUCCUCCUCAGCAAUGUGAUCACAAAUGAAACCUUACCCAUCGUCCUCGACCGAACACUCGGUGGUGGUUGGCCGGCAGUACUAGGAAGUACUGCUCUGAUUGUUAUCUUCGGCGAAAUUGUUCCACAAUCCAUUUGCGUUCGUUAUGGUCUUCCCAUUGGUGCCUGGAUGGCACCUUGCGUCUUGGUCUUGAUGUACAUCAUGUCCCCAGUUGCCUGGCCAAUCGCAAAAUUGCUGGACAGGCUGCUUGGAGAGGACCAUGGUACCAUCUACAAAAAGGCUGGAUUAAAAACUCUCGUCACUCUCCACAAAACCUUGGGUGAAGCCGGAGAGCAACUGAACUCCGAUGAAGUGACCAUUAUCAGUGCAGUUCUUGACCUCAAAGAGAAGUCGGUAGGCAGCAUCAUGACACCAAUGGACGAUGUCUUCACCAUGUCUGCCGACACUGUCUUAGAUGAGCGCACGAUGGACCACAUUCUUUCCCAAGGAUAUUCCCGCAUUCCUAUCCACGCCCCUGAAAACCCGAUGAAUUUUGUUGGUAUGCUCCUUGUCAAAAUGCUCAUUACAUACGACCCGGAAGAUUGCAAACGGGUCCGCGAGUUUGCUUUGGCCACGCUUCCUGAAACACGUCCUGAAACCAGCUGUCUGGAUAUUGUGAAUUUCUUCCAAGAGGGCAAGUCCCAUAUGGUUCUGGUCUCUGAAUAUCCUAGUGAGGAUCGUGGCGCUCUUGGAGUUGUCACCCUGGAAGAUGUCAUUGAAGAACUGAUCGGAGAAGAAAUCAUUGACGAAUCUGACGUCUUUAUCGAUGUCCACAAAGCCAUCCGACGAAUGACACCUGCACCUAAGUCUCGUGUUGCUAAAGGCAAGAUCGUCGAGGAGCCUCCUUUGAACGCCUCUGUUGUCACCGAUGGCGACUUGAUUGACGUAGAUUCCACACAACCUGAUUCCACGCAACCUUCAUCUCUUCCCAAGCCUUCAGACUUGAUUCGACGCCGCAGUUCUGUGGAAGCACCCCUUCCCCGCUUUCAACUUCGCAAAACAAAUACAAAUACCGACAUCAAUCCAGACUCAGCAAAUGAAUGGGUCACACAAGUCGGCACCACAGAUGAGAUUCGAGAACAUCUAAAACACCUUGGUCCCUCCAACCUGGCCAGCAGGCCGCGCCAAACCCGUUACCAUGCCGUCAAGAUAAAGCGCAACAGUACUUCUCCAUCCCGCUCCGCACAAACCGACUUUGAGUCUGGACAAAGUAACUCCGACUCCCAAAAGCUUAUCCCUUCUUCUACCGGAUAUCAAGGUGGCAUAGGCGCGGGCUUGCUCAACUCCGCUGGAACAGACGCUAAAGAUGGUGCGCAUGCUCUCAAAAUUGGCUACGGCACCAUGGCUUCGCAGGACAGUGUGAGCAAAGGCACCGGUGCUCAGCAAUACAAAGACCUUCCCCAAGUCUCCAUUCCCGAGGCUGUUCGUGAGGAACACGAAGACCAACCGCGUUCUGGGUCGACGCGCGCGGCUAGUAGUGACAAAGGCAGUGUUGAAUCGUCUGGUACACCAGGCUUUGUUUAUCACCACCGCGGACCGGCGCGUAGUGGAAGCAUCACAGAACAGGUCGUGGAUGUCAAUGGUAUUCGCAAAGUUGUCCUCCAUGCAAAUUGCACGAGUUCUUCAGAAGGUGAAUCACACCCAUCAGGCCAUCAUCGCCAUCGCGACCACCACCAUACCGACGGUUCAGUCCUUGAUACCGAUGACGCAAAAUCUGAAAACCCCGACAGUGGCCACGCAAAAUCAAAAAAGAAGCGCCGCCGAAAGAAGCAUGGCAAAGCUUCAAAGUCUGAUGGCGGUCCCUCAGAGGACCAGCCGUUACUUCGAUAA